AUGGGUGAUGAGCCAGGUUACGAUAUAUGUGAAUGUAUACAAUCUCACAACGGGGCCAUGCGCCAACUGUUGGGAAUAUUAAGACAGACUCAGGAGUAUUGUAGUGACAGCUCUUGCGUUGAUGAUUUAUCUCAUACACCUCAAAGUAACCAAGAUCCAAUGUCCGGUACCUACAUCAUGACGUUCGUGGCGAUGCUAGCGGUUUUCGCUGCAGUACUGUUUGGCUUGCCACGCUUUCGGUCAUCAGAUGGGAAGCCUCGCAACAACUUCCAGAUCAGCACAGCCUUCUCGUCUCAGGGGUUUUGUUUACGAAAUUGAGAGGACGAAAAGCAAAUGUCUGGCGCUUUAACUGGGUUGGUGGAUACAGAGGAUCCACCUAAGGGAGUUGGAAAAUCCUUAUUCCAAGCCAAUGGUGCACAUGGUCUCUUGGAUCCUGAAGGAAUAAAUGGCGUAUGAACCGAUUGUUGAUCACCGGUUACCAUGGGACUGCAUUUCCUGAAUUUCAGAAAAAUAUCUCAAAAAUUAUCCUGUUAAGUCUGAUGCUAUCCUUGGACUUGAAAUGGCAUCAUUUUCCUAUUGGUCAAUUUUUAUUUCACGUAUUGUUGCCCUACUGGUCAAUAUUUAUUUCACGUGUCAUUUUCCUUUUGGCCAAAUAUUGUACAAAUGUUAUUUUCUAUUUUAUGGUACGUUGUGGUCUGUCUGGUUGAUAUAUAAACCGAGUAUGUUUGAAAUAAAUGAUUCAUAUCGCAGA